GAAAUCAGUUACAAGGAGUGGAGUGGGAAUUCUAGUGUAGUUCCUUGCAAAGGUGAAAGACCUCUUAUAUUAGGACCCACCUUCUUUUCACCCUUCUCUUUUUUUAGACAAGGUCCACAAGGACAAGAUCUUCUCUGUACCUGGAUGAAUUCUAGACUGUGAUACUAUAAAAGUUGAUGACUUUGUUUACAUAGUCCCAAGAGAACACACACACACACACACACACACACACACACAUACACACAGAGAGGGCCUAUGAAUUGUCAAGGUCCAAAUCAGAGAUGAUUCAGUGAUAUAAUAAGGGACUCCCAUCCCUUGGCCAUACUUUAGAGAGAGCCAAAGCUGUGAACCUGAUCCUGUUGUGCUGGCACAGAGGUUCAUCUUCUCUGAGUCUUGAGAUGAGAUGAUAAGUCUUCACAGAUGAAAAGGAGGAAGGUGGAAAAACAAGUGUUUUGGUUUUAGAUGGCUAAUCAGAGAGUUGGUGAAACUGGGCUUUCAGCUUCAGGACCUUCAAACCAGGCUUUUGGUUAUGGAACUCAUGGUCAUGGCAUCCCUUCAUCUGCUACCAAUUUCUUUGACCAGGAAGGAGCUUCCUAUUUUGGGGAGUUGGAGGCUCUCAUGCAGGGAGUUGUUGGCAUAAGGAGUGAUGGAGAUCAAAAAGUUACAGCAGCUGCUGCUGCAGCAGCAGCCUUUGUCACAAACAGACCUCCUACUCUUGAAAUCUUCCCUUCCUGGCCAAUGAGAUUUCAACAAAUUCCCAGGGGAACUUCAUUGUCAACAGAGAGCACUGAUUCAGGAUCAGCCCAAAAUACAAUUUCCCAGCUGGGAUCAGACUCCCCAGUUAGCAAAAAGACCUCAUCAGACCAAUCCUCUGAGCAACAACAGCAGCAACAACUACAAGAACAGCAAGAGAUGAUGGUCAGUGAUGUCUCUAGGACAGGAACAGAAGCUGCAGCAGCAACAAAUCAUCAGUCCAGACCCCAAGAAAAGAGAAGGGUGGCUGGUGUGAGAGAUGGAAGAACACUUGAUGCAAAGACACUCAGACGUUUAGCUCAAAAUAGAGAAGCAGCCAAGAAGAGCAGGCUGAGAAAGAAGGCAUAUGUACAACAGUUAGAAAGCAGUAGAAUAAAACUCACCCAACUGGAACAAGAUCUCCACAGAGCUCGUUCUCAGGGAUUUCUCCUAGGAACAUCAGCUGGUGCAAGUGCAAACAUGAGUUCUGGAGCUGCAAUGUUCGACAUGGAAUACGCCCGGUGGCUCGACGAGAGCUUGAAGAACAUGACGGAACUGCGAGCAGGAUUGCAAGCUCAUCUCUGUGACACUGAUCUUAGAAUUAUAGUAGAUGAAUGCCUGACACACUAUGAUGAAUUCUUUAGACUUAGAGGCAUUGCAGCAAAGACCGACGUCUUUCAUCUGAUCACCGGAAUGUGGACUACUCCUGCAGAAAGGUGCUUCCUUUGGAUGGGAGGUUUUAGACCUUCUGAGCUUCUCAAGGUUUUGAUGCCACAAUUGGAUCCUGUGACUGAGCAACAACUAGUGGGGAUAUAUAGCCUUCAGCAGUCAUCAACUCAAGCUGAAGAAGCACUGUCACAAGGACUUGAACAGCUUCAACAUUCUUUGGCUGAUACAGUGGCUAGUGGAGCUCUCAGUGUUGGUGAUUAUGUGGGGAAUUACAUGGGUCAUAUGUCCAUGGCUCUUGACAAGCUUGCCAACCUUGAAGGCUUUGUUAGACAGGCUGAUAACUUGAGGCAACAAACACUUCAUCAACUUCGACGAAUCUUAACAAUUCGACAAGCAGCGAGAUGUUUCUUGGCGAUCGGAGAAUACUACAAUCGUCUUCGUGCUCUGAGUUCACUCUGGGCUUCUCGGCCUCGAGACAGGAACAUGUUUGUCCCAGAUGAAGGUACCUGCCCUACAACAACUUCAGACAUGCAAGUGAUUCACCACCAAAUACCUGGUCAUUUUUCAGCUUUCUGACUUUUUUUUUUUAAAAUCAAAUAUUGCAGACAAAUCUUAGAGAGAGAGAGAGAGAGAGAGUGUUUGAAAUUGAAUGAUGGAAAUAUUAUGUUUGCUAAUGAGUGUACAAAGGAAAUGGCAAGAAUGUGGAUGUUAAGAUGAUGAGUAAAUUGUAAGGCUAAGUACAUUAUAUUAUAUAUCAGAUAUAUAUGAAGAGAA